AUACAUGACGACAGAGGAAGUGAAUGUAUCAGCUAGCAGCAGUUUGUUCAGAACAACAGCCGAGUUAUCCAGUUACACGUUGUAAAUAAGUGACAGCAUCUUGAAGGUUCGCCUCAUGGAGCCUCCAAAGCACACCAAGAAGGCCAACAUGAAUCGGGACCCGAAGCGCAGCCAGAAUCAGUCAUCCACUCCACGACAGAAAGAUGCCUAUGCCAGACUCCUUAGCCAGCACAGCAGCAGUAAGUUCAGUCUUUAUCUGGAACAAUAUGCAAAGGACACAUUAUUUCAAAGAGAAGGACAUGGGCCAAGCACACACGCCCAGAGUGACAAGCUUAACAUACCACAGCAAAAGAGGGACCAAGCGCCCUAUGAUUUCUCUGAUUCAAGUGACUUCUCCCCUUCAUCCAUGAAAAACAAAGGAGAGGAGAGCUCGCUGUCUUUGUACAUGGAGAAAGUGAGCACCCGUAGUACCCAGCAGGACUGUGAGAGGAAGCAGGGUGUGUCAGACAGACAGCGCCGGGGACCGAGAAGGGACACCACCACCAGCCAAGAUGGGGACAUUGAAUCUGGCGAGGAACUCAGCUCUUUGAAACCUACUGAGCCAAAGAAACAGCAGAAGCAGCAGAAGAAGAAUAAAGACUCUACAGACACUGAUGUUUUUGUUGGACAACCCCAGUCCCCAAAGAAAGCUGGGACAAGUGGACAGGAGCGGGAGAAGGGGCCAAAGUCAAAGAAAAAAGAUCAUCCAAAGCACCAAGAGGGGGCGUCAUGCUCUGGGUUUGACACUCAGAUGUCCCCUCAUGGCAAGGACAAAAACCCACAGCAGCUAAGAGCUUCCAGUGCCAGUUCUCCAGCAGACAAGCGUAAGAACAGAGGAGGCAGAGGAUCAAAGAAACAAGUGUUUGAGCCUUACAUGGCACUUGAGGACGUUUCCCAUGGCUUGAAAAGAGGAGAGCUCAUCCAGGGCCAGUUAAGAAUCAACCCGAAGAAGUACCACGAGGCUUUCAUCCCAUCUCCUGAUGACGCCCGGGAUAUAUUUCUGGAUGGGAUUGUAGUUCGUAACAGAGCGCUGAAUGGAGACAUAGUGGUUGUGCAGAUCCUUCCUCAGGAUCAGUGGAAGGUUGUGAGGUCAGACACUGACUGUGAUGGCACCAGUGAUUUAGAGAGCCAGAGAGACGGCACAGCACAGAAGAAGAGAGCACAGGCCUCUAGACCUGCGGUUAACGUGGGAGACCAGUCCAGCGACCAGGAUGAACUCGUCAGAAAAGUUCAGAGUGCCACUCUGGCUGAUCCAGGGGAACCUCUGGAGGAACCCUCAACCCCAAGAUCCAAUGGGGAAAUACUCCAAAAGACCGCUAAAGUGGUGUACAUUGUGGAAAAGAAACACUCCAGGGCUGUCACAGGCUUCCUCAAAUUUCUACCAGACAAACCAUUCGCCAUGUUCUCCCCCGUGGACCACAGAGUGCCACGGAUUAACGUUCCCCUCAUUGACUGUCCUGAAAACUUUGGUACCCGCCCGGGCGACUACACCAACACCUUGUUCAUAUGCCGGAUAACCGACUGGGCGGCUGACAGCAACUUUGCAGAAGGUCUACUCGCCAAGACGCUGGGGCAAGCUGGAGAGAUCGAGCCAGAGACUGAGGGCAUCCUGACUGAGUACGAUGUGGAUUCCUCCGAGUUCUCAGAUGAGGUGUUAGACUGUCUGCCCAAAAACCUGCCCUGGACCAUCCCACCUGAGGAGAUGAAGAAGAGGAAAGAUCUGAGGACAGAGUGCAUCUUCACCAUUGACCCGUCUACAGCCAGAGACCUGGACGAUGCUUUGUCCUGUAAACUACUCCCUGAUGGUAACUUUGAGGUGGGAGUCCACAUUGCUGAUGUGAGUUAUUUCGUUGAGGAAGACAACUCUCUGGAUGCCAUCGCCAGCCAAAGAGCAACAAGUGUCUACAUGGUUCAAAAGGUGAUCCCCAUGCUGCCCAGGCUGCUGUGUGAGGAGCUGUGCAGUCUGAACCCUCUCACUGACAGACUCACCUUCUCUGUCAUUUGGAAAAUCACACCUGAGGGAAAGAUCCUGAGUGAGUGGUUUGGCCGCUCAGUCAUCCGCUCCUGUGUGAAGCUGAGUUAUGACCACGCUCAGAGCAUGAUUGAAGCGCCUGAGAAGAUGUUCUCUGCCGAGGAGCUGCCCCCCGUAGCCCCCGAGCACCCCAUCGAUGAGAUCCAUCAGGCUGUGCUCAACCUGCACACCAUUGCCAAGAACCUGCGAGCUCAGCGCUUCUCAGGCGGAGCCCUCAGACUGGACCAGUUGAAACUGUCUUUCACUCUGGACAGAGAGACCAUGAUGCCUCAAGGCUGCUACAUCUACCAGUACAAAGACAGCAACAAGUUGGUGGAGGAGUUAAUGUUGCUGGCUAACAUUGCCACAGCCAACCACAUCCACCGCAAGUUCCCUGAGCUGGCUAUGCUCCGACGACACCCUCCGCCCAAAGCAAAGAUGGUGGAUGAGCUGCAGGAGCUUUGUGAUCAACUGGGCAUCGACAUUGAUCUGUCGUCUGCAGGAGCGCUGCAUAAGAGUCUGAACACCACUCUUGGUGAUGAUGAAUACACCACGUUCAGGAAAGAAGUCCUCACCCACAUGUGCUCCAGACCCAUGCAGAUGGCGCUAUACUUCUGUUCAGGCGUACUCAAAGACGAGCAUUUGUUCAAGCACUACGCUCUGAACGUUCCUCUCUACACUCACUUUACGUCACCCAUCAGACGCUACGCUGACAUCGUCGUUCACCGGCUGCUGGCUUCCUCUCUGAAGUGUGGGCCUCAUUUGGGGCUGUCUACUGAAGAAGUGCAAAAACAAGCCUCACGAUGCAAUGACAAGAAAACGCUGUCAAAGAGGGUCCAGGAGCUGAGCUCAGAGCUUUUCUUUGGAGUCUUUGUGAGGGAGUGUGGCCCUCUGGACUCUGAAGCCAUGGUGAUGGGCGUCCUGGAUCAAUCCUUCGAUGUGCUGGUUGUCCGAUACGGAGUUCAGAAACGCAUCUACUGCAAGUCUAUUGCGGGCCUGGACUCAUUUCACCAUCGUAAGGUGGGAAAGAAAUCUGAGCUGACUCUGGUCUGGACGCCAGAGGACCAAGAGAAACCUCCUGUGGAGCAGGUCAUCUCAAUCUUCACAUUGGUGGAGGUGCAGCUCAAAGCGGACAGUGCACCCAUGAAGUACAGCGCACUGCUGAAGAGGCCUGAAGAUGACGGAUCAUAAAGAAAAUUGAAUGUGCCGCAUGGCAAACAAACACCUUGAAGGACAUUUGGAAAUUGCACAUUUUCUUUUACUGACCUGUAGAUGUAACGUGUUUUUAGAGCCCAGUUAUUUCCCACCUCGUUAGAUUUCAAGUUGGAAUUCACACAAAGUUUAAGUCUGAACUUGAAGGCCGGGUACAGUGUGUGUUUUAUGUUAGCCUUCCUGCACACAAUGCACACAUUGCUGUUGAGUUGGGUAGUUCAGAAGCUAUAGUGGGAGGGACUUUGCUUUCUUUACAUUAGGUUUCUCUUUGGUGUUGUUUAUUUGUUUGAUAUGGAAGUUAUCGACUUUAUUGACAUGCAACAUGUAACCAUAGCUUGUAGAGGGCAUAACAGCCAAAUAGACUUUUAUUCCUCAUAAAUUAAAAAAGAUAACGACGAGCUUGACAGGAAGAGAAAAUCUUAAUCUACUUUCAUAUGACCCGGGAAAUGGGUAUCUGUAUUGCUUUAAGUGGGCAGGUGUGAUACUGUUUGUUUGGGCUCUUAACAGCUCACUUAGGAGCAUGACUUUUACUUUGUGUGGAUUUCAACGUGAACUCUGACGCUGGUCUAGCUGUGAAAGAAGAAAGACAACAAUUUAUUAAAUAGCUUUAGAUGUCUUCAUGUAGGGAGUACAGUUCUGAUGUGACAUAACUGUCUUAAACUGUCUAAUGUGUGAAAACUGACUUUUAAUUGUUUUUAGUUUCAUAUCAAUUGUUUCCUGAUGCAGGAUUAUGUGAAGUCCUUUGACUGGCUCAUCACGUAGAACUUGCGGAAAGUGAGGCUGCAUGGAUCAGUAAAGAGUUAAAAUGUUAUAUCAUUAACAGGGUGAAACAGAUAGAUAAUCCUCAUUUGCAUAGAAAUAAGAUAACAGCUACAUGUCAGCCAUAGUAUUUUUUAUUGCUGUCAGUAUUUAUAGUGUUUUAUUAAGGGAGAGUUUGAGAUUUUGUUUGAGUGAAAGACUCUAAAUGUCACAGUGACAGAGUACAACUUGAUUUAAAGUCUUAAGAAGUCGGUCUCAUUGAUGUAACACUACUCUAGUAUAAGCUGAGGUACAUUUUAUGUUUUAAGUGAGCCUGUCAGGAUACAUCUUAAUAUUUCAUUGUUAUUGUUUUUAAUACAAAACAUGGAAAUGACUUGAAUGUGAAUUGCUGCUGAAAAUAGUUGGUGGCCUUGGAUCUUAAUUUAUUUAUUUUUGAUUAUCAUUGAAGUGCUUCCAACUGUUGUUUGUGUUUUUUGAUGUGCAGACUUGAUUUGUGCAGCACAAAUACUUUAUGGACCUCAUAAAUAUCAACUGUAAUUCAGCCUUAAUUUAGUCAAGUGAAGAUGAAACAAAAUAUCAGUGCAGCUGCACGUUAAGACGUAUGUUGGCCUUUCUUUUUGCUGAAAUGGAGUCAACAUGCUUGGCUUUGAUUUUCUCUGAUUCAGAUGUUAGUGGAACAGUGCCAUGUAAAGUCAAACAGAUUAGCUGCCACAUCUGCAAAAGUAUUUUCUUUGUUAUUUUUGGAUAUGAAAUCUAUUUUCAGAUUGUUUUAUAUAUUUGUCAGUUUCUUAAAAGACAAAGUUUAAAGUUAGUUUGCUUUAUUUGCUUUGUUUGCAAUGACAAAAUGUAAUUUAAACCAGUAAGUUAAGUGCUUGUGCAAAACAAAUGUGCUCUCAUUGUAGGAUGUAGGUCUGUGAUUAAGAUUGGACAAAAUAAUUUCUCCCCUCGGAAAACCUGUAAAUGCAGUUAAACCAGAAAAAAAUUCAACUUGAGUUUGUUUUUUCUUUUACAAAGUUAUGUUGUGAUAUCGUAACUUUGAUUCUGGUCAGUGCUCAAAGGGCAUUUGUAGUCUGCCUAACAACAUAUGGGUGUCUGUGUCUGUAGGAAAAUAAACGCAUUCAUGAAAUCUA